UCCGUUUCCGCUCUAACGCUGGUUCUCUGUUGUUGGAAGCGGGUGUACGCUAACUGGCAGGUAGCAGGGUAAAAGUCCAGCACACAGUCUGAGCGCAGCAUGGCUCCGCUGAAGUUCUGUGCGAACAUCUCCUGGCUGUUCACGGAGCUGCCAGACUUAAGCCAGAGAAUAUACGCCGCUGCCUCGGCUGGUUUCCAGGCUGUGGAGGCAGCCUGGCUCUACGACACCGACCUGCAGGAGCUUCAGAGGGCCAGAGAGGCGACAGGAGUGGAGGUGGUCCUCAUCAACACUCCGCCCGGAGAUGUAAACGCAGGUGAGCUUGGUCUUGGAGCAGUUCCUGGAAGAGAGGCAGAGUUCAGACAGGGUCUGGAUCAGGCUUUGAAGUAUGCAAAAGCCUUGAACUGCAGAAGGAUCCACCUGAUGGCAGGGAGGGUUCCUGUGGGCACAAACAGGAUGGCAGUUGCCAAGGAGAUGGAGGCCAUCUUCAUACAGAACCUAAACUAUGCUGCUGAUAUCCUCUCAAAGGAAGGAGUCACUGGCUUGAUUGAACCAAUCAACACAAGGAUUACAGAUCCCAGGUAUUUUCUGGACUCUCCUCAUCAGGCGGCUGGAAUCCUGGGAGAAGCUCGGGAAGCCAAACAUCAAACUGCAAAUGGACAUCUUUCACUGGCAAAUAAUGGAUGGAAACCUGACACAAAACAUACACAAGUAUUUUCCCAUAAUUGGUCAUGUUCAGAUUGCUCAGGUUCCAGGCAGGAAUGAGCCUGACAGUGCCGGAGAGCUGAACUACAACUUCCUGUUCAACACACUGGAAAACCAUGACUACCAGGGAUACAUUGGAUGUGAAUACAAGCCACUAGGAAACACAACUGAUGGUCUGGGUUGGAUCAAAGAUUACUGGACACACAACAAGUGAUGAGCACGGGUGACUCAACCACCUGUGAACCUGUUUCAUUAAUGGGAAAAAGUCAGUGAGACCUUUAAAUGACCUGGGUUUCUGCAUUAACUGAGACCUGAUCCUCAUCUAAAUCAUAACCACAGACAAACACAAUGUGCUUCAGCUGCUAACAGUUAGAAUUGGUCAUGUAUUUACUGAACACACUCAUUCAACAUGAACAGUCGUGGUGGGAAAACUAAGUGAACCCUUGGAGUCCAGCUCUUGCAGUAUCUGCUGAUCAGAGCUGCACAAUGUUCAGGAGGAAGUUUGGGCCAUUCUUCCUACAGAGCUGAUCAUAUUCUCAGGAUGUUUGGGGUAAACGUUUCUCUGAGCUCAGUCCACAGCAGCUCUGUUGGGUUCAGGUCUGCACUGUGACUGGACCAACAACAAAAGGUGGAUUUUCUUUGUCUGAAGUCGUUGUGUAGUAGAUUUACUUUGAUGUUUAGGCUCAUUGUCCUGCUGAUCUUCAGCUGGACACACAGCCUGACAUCAUCCUGGAAGAUACACUGAGAACGUUGAGAAUUCAUUGCUCCGUGUUCCAUUUGUCUUUGGAGUCGUCUUAGCUGGGCGUCCUCUUCUAAGGAGAGUAACAGCAGAACUAAAUAAUCUCCAUCUAUAGACAGUUUGUCUGACUGUGGACUGAUGAAUAUCUGAACUCUGAGGUGACUCUGUAACACUUUCAGUAUUAUACUAAUCAGCUAUUCUUGAUCCCAAGUCUUCUGGGGUCUUUUGUGUGAAGCAUGGUUCACAUCAGCAGAUGCUUCUGUCAAUAGUAAACUCAAAAAUAAGUCAGAGUAGAUCUGACCUACACCUCUGAUCUGGAUUCACUGACUGGACUCCAGAUUUGUUAACUCCUGACUCCAGUUAGCUUUUGUUAAUGUCAUUAGCCGAGGGGUUCACAUGCUUUCUCCAACCUACACUGAGUGUUUGAAUAAUGUUUUCAGUAUGGACAUGAACAUUACAAUGAUUUGUGUGUUAUUAGUGAAAAUAGAUUGGGGUUGUUCACAUUAUCAUCAUUAAAAUAAGGUAAUAAAAGGAUGAGAUUCAUAUAUA